CUUCGAUAUCCCGCUUGCAUCGAGCUCACUUCUCUAUAACUUACUCCUUAGAACCGAUACCCAUUUUCCAAUAAUACUUAAACCCCAGUUGAAAUGAAACUAUCUGAUAUCAUCCUUUUAUUGGCACCAGCGGCUGCUUUAGCCAAUCCGCUUAAUCACGUUCAUGCUAAGCGUGACGCUCGACCAGUUGUUGUUACCGUUUACGAGACUCAAUUGGUAAAGGUUUCCGUUGGCAGCAGUCAAAUAUUAGAGAUGGGCCUUACCUCUCUGUCUUAUUUUUCCUCCAUGUCAAAUGUUUUAAGUUCUACUACUCCAACAACUUUAGUCACUUCAGUCGUAGCAACUGGUUCAAGCAUCAAGGCUUCCGACAAUUCCUCCACCACUGUUUCUACUGAAACUGGUGUUGCCGCUUAUGCUGUCAAGGGUAAGGGUAUCACGUACUCUCCGUACGCCGAUGACGGUUCCUCGAAAGAAAUAGACUAUGGUACUUGA